AUGGAGGUGCUUACAGCUGAAAAGUUAAACAGUGUACUGAUCGAGUGCGGAUUCAGAGAAUCUGAAUGGCAUAUGUCAAACCAAGUCGUUGAUCAGAUGAACACGUUGACCGACAGUCGCAGGGAGGCAGCGAUGUUUCUCGCUCAAUUGAUCUAUGAGAGUGCUGGUUUCCAUAACCUGGAAGAACCCAAGAGCAAAUAUCAUCCAGAAUACGUGAAAUAUUUCCAUGGCCGAGGAUAUAUUAAGCUAAGAGGGCAACAAAAUUAUGAGGACGCGACGAUCGAGAUAUUCAAGGACGAUACCCUGCUCAGAGAUCCGGAUAGGGCAUCGAGUGCCCCGUGGAUGGCCAUGCGUGUGUCGGUGUAUUACUGGAAGAAGUUUGUACGCCCAGAUGCUGGUUCCUUUGACGAUUUCUAUGCCACAACUAAAGUUCUAAACGGUGAAGUGGAAACGAGCCCCGACCAUCCCAAUGCAAAGAAACGGCAUGAGUUCUACGUGAAGGCCGCGAAUGUCUUGGAUCCUAAUGCUAAUCCACCUGUAUGA